GCAGAGGUGCUGUUCGAGACCAUUUGCUUCAGUGUUGAUCCUUACCUCAGGGUCCACGGCGAGGUGGUGGGAGACUCGGGAAUCGACGGGAAGAAAGUCAUGCACGGGACUCAAGUCGUGAAAGUCGUGCUGACGAGGAACGGGAAAUUCCCUCUGGGGUCCCGGUUCGUCACCAAUUUCGGGUGGCGUUCGCACGUCCUGAUCGACCCUGACCAGUUGCCGGGCACCUACGGCGGGGUGCAGCCGUACCCGGACUUGGGGAAUUUGCCCGAGUCGCUGGCAGUCGGCGCUUGCGGAAUGCCCGGAAACACAGCCUACUUUGGUUUCCUGCGCCUGUGUCAGCCGAAAGCUGGAGAGACUGUCGUUGUGAACGCUGCCGCGGGCGCCGUCGGAAGUUUGGUCGGGCAAAUAGCAAAGAUACAGGGCUGCAAUGUCAUCGGUUACGCUGGAGCUGACGACAAAGUGAAGUGGCUGAAAGAAGAGCUGGGUUUCGAUCAUGCUUUCAACUACAAAACGACUGAUUUGGCUACAAGUCUGAAACAAGCUGCUCCAAAAGGCAUUGAUUGCUAUUUUGAUAAUGUCGGCGGUAACUUCAGCGCCGUGGUCAUGUCGCAGAUGAACAAAUAUGGGCGUAUUGCUUUGUGUGGCUGCAUCUCCGCGUACAACACCAUCGACGAUUUACCCAUGAAUUUGAUGGUUGAUUUUCUCCAGGGCAAGAUCAAGUACAGAGAAACGAUUUGGGAAGGAGUGGAAAAUUUGCCGAAAGCCUUCAUGGGACUGUUCCGUGGAGAGAACACUGGCAAAGCUAUCGUCACUGCUUGA